AUGGCGUCGAACGAUCCGUCGGCCUCAUGUGUUCAACCUCCCCCUGAUCUCCUUGUCGAGAAGGUGUACCAGCCAAUGGCUCUACUGAAAAGAAACGGGCGUCAGAUGGACUCCUGUCCUUUCUCUUCUUCUCCCUCCCCCAGCAACGUCAAGAGCUUCACGCCUCGAACUCGAAAGGCCCUCGAGGAAUACCUCUGCAGCUCCCACUCUGGCCCUGCAUCUUCAGUCGACAAACAUACUCCUCCUCCCAAGCCCAAAGAUCAAAAGCCUAAGAAGUCUCAGAAGCCUCAAAAGCCCAAGAAAGACCCUGAGCUAGAACAAGAACAGAAGAAAAGGUGGAAAAUCAGGCCCAAGAAACUUGCGGCAGAUGAGCCUGAUCAAAUCCUUCGCGGCCAGUUUGUUGGUCCUCCAGCUGGCAUCCCGCCUUUCGACCGAGAAAAGAAAUGGGAUAACAGCUACCCUUACCCUGCCAACGAAGAUUGGCCUGAGGAAGAUGAAUUUAACUUCACCCCCAAAGUCUUCGCCAAGCCAAUAGACCCCGAACCGGCUCUUUUCAAUCUUGAGUUGGAGAGCGAAGUCCAUUUCCUUGAGCCCCUUCAUAUCCAGGGUGCCAUCCGCCAGGAGUAUGCCGCCCAUACUGCUGAGGGACAGCAGAGUCAUGACAAGAUUCUCAGACAAAUGAACGAGGCUAGACGUAUGGGUGCCGAAAAGACAGCAAUCAAGGAGUUCGACUUCAACGAAACCACCGCGCCCGUCGAGCAUCGCAUACCCAGACCUGAGAUGCAGCAAGGAAUCUACGACCACAGAGUUAAGAUUUCAGGUUUAACCAGAAAGAUCGCCGUCUGUGAUGGGACUCUUGCAGGCAUGAUUGCUGGCGAGUUUACCUAUCGUCCUGACUAUGCUCAUCUCCCACCGACUGAGAAACAGAUGGCCAUACUUCGUGACGCCGAAAGCCUUCGAGGCCUAUAUCCACAGGAGAAGUCAACAAAUUCGAAUGAAUUUGCACCCGGCAAGGAGAGCUUGGCUUCAGAAAGAUCACUGUCUCCCAAGAAAUGUCGCACUUCCCACGACUCAACUCCCGAGCCUUCACUAUACGAUCAGUGGCUGAAGAAGCAGUCGGCCAACGUUUGCACUGCUUCCAAGUGGAUAGAUGAAGAAGAGAAAUCCGCGAAGAGGCAAGCUUUCAAGGAAGCUCUCUCCAAGCAGCUAGAGGCUCGUUUCCCUGCCCCCAUGACAGCCCCGAUCGACGACACUGUUGAGGAUGAGGAACGCAAAUGGGCGGCCCAACACUUCCCUUACCUGCCUCCAAAGACCGAAACAGAUCUCCAGCGCCAAAACAUGUGGGACACUCCCCUGAAGGUCGACGUCCCCAGGUGGUUCCCGACCUUUGCCAAGUCCGGCGUCAUUCGCCUCGACAAACGCAACAGCAAAGAGAAGCAGUAUCAGGAAUUUCUCACGACCGUCUGGAGGCUCGAGUCGCAGAUGCUCAACAACAAGAAUAAGCCUGACAUAUGGGACAAGAAAUGGCACGAACCUAGCGCUCGCUGGACCCAACCUUUCCAGCAGACGGGCGGUGGCUAG